CAACAGGCGAAGCGGGACAGUGUCACAGUGACGUAUUUGGCAUUAUUUGAUGUUUACGAAAACUGUGCCCAUAAAUGACCUAAUUUACACAAAACUAGUACUCAGAUAUGUGAAAAAACAUUUCGCAAUCGAUUUCUAAGCUACCACACACGAAAUGAUCUCUUCGCCGGCUGCAUAAUACAACUGUGAUCAUGUCUAGUAACACCUCUUCCAGCAAAAUUCGGGGCCCCGGUCGGCCCCCGAAGAAGAUAAUCUCUUGUACGUGGUGCAACGAGACCAAGCUACCCCUCAAGUACGUUUAUCCUACCACAAACGGCAAGAAAGAAUUUUGUUCAGAAAACUGUUUAGCUGAAUUCAGGAAAGCAUAUAUCAAAGGGGCCUGCAUACAGUGUGAUAAUGUUAUAAGGGGCUUUAACAGCCCUUCGAAGGGGUAUUGUUCCACGUAUUGUAUGAAUAAGCACCAGAAGAAGGAAAUGCCUUCAAGGGUAGCAGCUGUGGCUCCUACAAUGCCGUUGGAAGGCUCACCUGGACCAUUUCAGUAUGAAACAUAUCAGCCGUUUGAUUGGGAAGAGUAUCUCCGUGAAACCAACAGCUCUCCAGCACCCCACAGUUGUUUCAAGCAAGCUAGCAGUCCCCCUUUGAAUGAUUUCAAGGUUGGAAUGAAAUUAGAAGCCUUAGACCCUCGUAAUCUAACCUCUACAUGUAUAGCAACUGUUAUCAGUAUUCUGGGUCCUAGGCUGAGGCUAAGACUUGAUGGUAGUGAUAAUAAGAAUGAUUUUUGGAGGUUAGUUGACUCAAGUGAGAUACAUCCUAUUGGCCAUUGUGAGAAGAACGGAGGGAUGUUGCAACCUCCAUUAGGUUUCCGGAUGAAUGCAAGUUCUUGGCCAAUGUUCCUAUUGAAAACUUUGAAUGGUGCAGAAAUGGCUCCAGCUAAGAUAUUCCAGAAAGAACCUGCGGGUCCUAAAGUAAACUACUUCCAGGUUGGUCAGAAACUGGAAGCGGUAGACAAGAAAAACCCUCAACUGAUCUGUUGUGCAACAGUAGGAGCUGUCAAGAACGACCAGAUUCAUGUAACCUUCGAUGGUUGGAGGGGUGCUUUUGACUAUUGGUGUAGAUACGACAGCAGAGACAUCUUUCCUGUGGGGUGGUGCGGCAAAUCAGGACAUCCCAUGCAACCUCCUGGGCAGAAGAACAAUUCUGGGGCGAACAGAUUCCGUUUUCGCCCCUCCCUGAUAGCCUCAAUGCCUCUCGCACCAGCGGCUACGGCCCCCGCAUCCAGUAGCUCCGCCCCCGCCGCGAGCGCGGCUCCAAUCAAACGCGAGCCAUCCCCGCCACCCGCAGAGGCGGACACUUCGGCGCCGCCUCCGCCCCCUGUCACGGUCCGCUUCCGCAGACAAUGCGCGCUGGCGGCGUUCGCGUUGCUGGAUCCAACCAGGGUACCGGAACAAGGGGUGGAAGACUCGCAACCGAGGCAGUUGGCGAAGAAGGUGGUGCAAGCCGUGUUGGCGGCUAGUAGGAAGCCGGAUACGGUGUUGGCGAGACUGGGUACCAUAAGAGGCGAAGAAUCCGCCAUAACUCAUGAUGGCAAUACAUAUACCAUCAAACUACCUCAACUGGUAAAGGCUAGUGAUUUGUUGCAGCUCUUCCAGAUUCUUGCUCAAACCCUGGGAUGCUGUCAGAAUAUGUUUGGACUGGAGCAGCCAGCGAAGGACUGCCCGCAGUGCGACCCACGUCCCCGUCCAUCAGCGGCAGUCUCCGCCUCCUCAUCGUCCCCGCCACCUGCUAAGCGCCGCCCACCCGCCGAACAAGAAGCGGCCACGUCGACAACGCCCUGUGAGAAAGACACGCCCACAUCGGGGGUGGGAAUGGGGACGGUGGUUGUGGCCACGGCUGUCGCAGCAGGGGCUGAGGUCAGCAGGCAACCGCCGAACGAAUGGGGCAUCGAGGAGGUCAUACGUUUCAUCGAGGCGACUGAUCCGUGUUUGGGGGUGCAUGCGGAUCUGUUCCGGAAGCAUGAAAUUGACGGUAAAGCGUUCCUCCUUCUAAACUCGGACAUGAUGAUGAAGUACAUGGGACUGAAACUGGGGCCGGCGUUGAAAAUUUGCAAUCUAGUAUCUAAACUGAAAGGUAGAAGGCAUGCACUAUAAGCUUACACUUUACUUUAUUGGAUAUUGUUGACGCAUUAUAUUUUUAUUAUAUUACUCUUUUUUGUUAGAAAUUUAUUGAUUGAGAUAACUUUUUUGGGCAGUAUAUUUACUGAUAAUAAAAUAUGAGCAUGAAUUUGGAUUUAGCUUGUCAAUUAUUUAAAAACAAAUGUUUAUGUUUUGGCUUUUAUCAGUUUUUUAGGUAUGUUAAGAAUUCUAAUCAGAAACUUUUAUUUUAUUAUAACUUUCUAUCGAAGUUGAUCAUUUGAAAGCUUCCCACCACAGAUUUAUCGAAAUACCACUGAUUAAAAUAAAAAACCCCGAGACACGGCAAAAGAUUUGUCAAGGGGGACAACUUUCUAACCAAAAACUACUUCACCCUCCGCCCCCAGGGUCAUCCCCUUAAACAUUUUGAAUGACAAGGGGUAUCGAGUAAUACCUUGUUUGAAAGGUCUUCCGAAUUCCUUUAUUUUGACGUUUUUGUAAAAUCGGUCGAUUUGUUUUCAAGAAAAUUCGAAAAACCUUUAUUUAUCGUAAUUUGUUGAGAUAGAAAACAAAAACACACGAAAAUAUCACUUUUUAUUUGAAGGGCUUAUUGUAAUAACGCGAUAAGCCACAAAAGCAUAAUAAGGAGUUAUUUGACUUUUAAGUUUUGGAAAAAUGUGAAAAAUCAACGUUUAUCAUAAUUAAACUUGAAUAAUUUUUUUUGAGGCUUUUAAAUCCGUAUCUGUUGAAUUUGUCGAGGAAGAGUGAAAAAAAGACAACUGAUAUCCCAAAAAAAAUUUUUUUACAAAAACAAUGUGGCUUGUCAUAUUAUUGCCUAUAAAAAAAAUACAGUAAUAUUUUUAUAAGGAAAUGAGGAUUAAACUCUACCGCACUUUUCUGCUAUACGAUUUCAACAUCUUCUUCAUCACUUUCUCUGGAGGUUAGUCCAUUGAAGAAGGGUAGAUGUAUUGGGGGUAUAUAUGGAAAAAGAGAUUGUACAUUUUUAAGUUUCUUCUUUGAAAUUUUUAUAGGUUCCAUGUACUUAUUUUUCAGCUGACAUAAGGGUGUAUUCACAGGCCUACCCUUUUUUGUAAUAUUCACUUCGUUAUACUCACCGUUUACAGAGUGCUUAACAAAAAAAGAUUUUGUAUUUUCUGUUUUAAAAUGGAAGGUAUAUACACCAGAGAAGUCUAAAUUUUCCUUGUUACUCAUGCGAGUACUCUUUUGAACAUUGGCCAACAAUAGUUCAAAUUUGAGGAAAUCUUCUUGCUGCAUAACUGUGACCUUGAAAGGAUUCUUGUUGUUAGCAUCUUUGAUGAUUUUGUGCCAACCUUCUGGGGAAUACACUUCAGGAGCAUAUUUUCUAUGCCGUUUUUCAAUCAACGCGAAGUCCCGGUCCGACGGCAAUUGGGUAUGUCCAGUAACAAGAAAAUGAUGUGUUAUUGUUUUAAACCAUUUCUCUUUAACUAACUGCAACCAAAAUGCCAUAAAUUGCCAAUUUUUGUUUUGACCAGGACAGUUAUCCGUGAAUACAACAAGGUGAUCUACAUCCUUUUUAUCUUUAAGAAAUUUAAAAAGUACAGAAGCAACUUCAUCCGCUCCACGUUUGGCUUGAUUUUCUGUCCACAAAAACAUGUGACCCUGUUCAGCAGUACAAUCGUGUACUCCAAGGUUAUAGAGCCAAACUUUUCUGCAAUAAAAUGCUGGGCCUGUUGUAAGCUUGGGUAUAGGCAUUGCCUGCUGUAAGUCAAAACUGAUAACACAUACGUUUGUUGUACUUUUUGAUCGGUCUGUCUCUAAUUUCAGCAAAUUUUGCAUUGCUUUAGCUCUAUUUUGGUGUAAAGUCAAGGAAGUAGUUAGCCUUUGUUCCUCUUUGUCAUCGUUGUUUGAUUUGACAAUAUCAAGUUUGAUCUUUGACUCGUCACAUAUUUUACAUGUGUCAGACUUGGGCAGCUUGAAACCGAUAUUGUAUUCAGUGCAAAAUAUUUUAAGGUAAGCACUUUGUUUCACUGGAAUAAUGUUUUGUUGUUGACACCACGGAACAUAAUAAUCCUUAUGCAAGCUUGCUAUGGACAUAUCGCAGUUAAGAUACAUUUUGUUGAUGUUAUUUGCUCUGCUAUAGUGGCUCUGAUAUUUUGGUAUAGCAUCUAUAUGAUUUCUGACAGAUUGUUUUUGGUCAGCGCUUAGUGCAUUUGGUCUAUUUUUAUGUUUACCACGUCCGUCUUUUAUAGGGACAACAGCUCCGGUUGUCUUCAUUUUGACAAUAUGGUCGAUUCUGCCUCGACAAUUUUGCAGUCCAUGGACACUCAUAAAUUCGACCUUACAUACCCUGACAUCCCUACCAUCAACAUUAACAAUAUAUUGAGCUGUAAACUGUCGACUAGAUUCUUGACGUUUUUGUUGUUUCUUGUAAGAUCUUUUCUUUUUUAGAACUCGAAUAGCACCAAAAAGGUAACUGUUCUGAAGAUCAUAGGAACCUAGAUCCCAGAAUUUUGUGAAGAUAUUUUCAUGGCUAUUACUGAGCUUGUCUCGGCAGUUCUUCUGGCAUCUACAUGGUGAACCCAAUUCUCGAGGUUUAACAAGUUUCUUGCUCUUUACUGUUGAAUAUUCUUGUCCUAAAUUGCGUCUUCUCUUCCUUUUCACCUGUUCAUAGUUCUCGUCCCUUCUUUGUCUCCAACGAGUUUGCGGAGUUUUUUCGGGUGUAGUUUAGAUAAUUUAGUAGGUACAGGUGAGUCGCCUUCCUGAAAUUAAAUAUUCUUAAUAGCAACAACAUGAUAAGCCACGUUCAAAUUCGCGAUAGUCUUGUUUUGGUAAAACAUGAUAAGCCACAAAAACAACAAUAAUACAUACCUCACUUGUAUCUGAACUUUCGUCAUCAUUUGAUGGUACGAAAUUCUUAUCAACCACACUAUCAUCACUUGAUUCAUAAAAUUCACUGCUUGAACUGCAAAUAUCGCUUGAAAUAGGAUUAUUAUCGAGAGGUGCAUACGAACCGGUCGCCAUUUUGACGUGGCUUAUCACGUUUUAACGUGAAGAUUGUAGAGAGCCGCCGUGGCUCCAUCUAUCGGACAAUAGUCACAACUUUUCUACUGUGGCUUAUCAUAUUCAUGCUUAACUAAAUUGAGGAAUAAAACAGAUUUUUGUCGUUGUGUGGCUUAUCAUGUUAUUACAAUAAGCCCUUCAUUUCAAUAAGUGUUCAAAAUGUUGCCCGUUGUUGGCCAAACAAUGAUAUAGGUGAUGUUCAAAUUCCUGAUGGACAUUUCAUGGCAGCUUUCGAUUAUGGGUUGACGAACUUCAUCCAAACUUUCAGGUUGAGGAGUAAACACAAUAGAUUUCAAAUGGCCCCAUAGAAAAAAGUCUAAUGGCUUCAAAUCAGGAGAUCUAUCUCAUUCUACAGGGUUAUCCAAAUUAAGUGUCCACCAUUAGUAACUUUGUUAUUAGUGAAAAUACAAAGUUGUUUGAAUUAGCAAACUAGUAGC